GGGGCCUGGCCGGAGGAGGCGGAGGAGGUUGCAGCCGCCGGAGACCUUCUCGACGCCCCCAGAUCCGGCCGGGAAGAUGAUUGAGGAAAGUGGGAACAAGCGGAAGACCAUGGCAGAGAAGAGGCAGCUGUUCAUAGAAAUGCGUGCUCAGAAUUUUGAUGUCAUACGACUAUCAACUUACAGAACAGCUUGCAAAUUACGAUUUGUACAAAAGCGAUGCAACCUCCAUCUUGUUGAUAUCUGGAACAUGAUUGAAGCCUUCCGAGACAAUGGCCUUAAUACACUGGACCAUAGCACUGAGAUCAGCGUGUCCCGCCUCGAGACCGUCAUCUCAUCCAUCUACUACCAGCUGAACAAGCGCCUUCCUUCCACUCACCAGAUCAGUGUGGAGCAGUCCAUCAGCCUCCUUCUCAACUUCAUGAUUGCUGCAUAUGACAGUGAGGGCCGAGGCAAGUUGACGGUAUUUUCAGUUAAAGCUAUGUUAGCAACCAUGUGUGGUGGAAAAAUGCUGGACAAAUUGAGAUAUGUUUUCUCCCAGAUGUCAGAUUCCAAUGGCUUAAUGAUAUUUAGCAAGUUUGACCAGUUUCUGAAGGAAGUUCUGAAGCUCCCAACAGCUGUCUUUGAAGGGCCAUCUUUUGGUUACACAGAGCACUCGGUCCGCACCUGUUUUCCACAGCAGAAAAAGAUAAUGCUAAAUAUGUUUUUAGACACAAUGAUGGCCGAUCCUCCUCCCCAGUGCCUUGUCUGGCUACCUCUCAUGCAUAGGCUUGCCCACGUGGAGAAUGUCUUCCACCCCGUGGAGUGCUCCUACUGCCGCUGUGAGAGCAUGAUGGGUUUCCGGUACCGAUGCCAGCAGUGCCACAACUACCAGCUCUGCCAGAACUGCUUUUGGCGAGGCCAUGCCAGUGGCCCUCACAGCAACCAACACCAGAUGAAGGAGCAUUCCUCCUGGAAAUCCCCUGCAAAGAAGCUGAGCCAUGCAAUUAGUAAAUCUUUGGGGUGUGUACCCACCAGAGAACCCCCGCAUCCUGUUUUUCCUGAGCAACCAGAGAAACCACUUGACCUUGCAAAUAUAGUUCCUCCUCGCCCUCCGACGAACAUGAAUGACACCAUGGUGAGCCACAUGUCCUCCGGGGCGCCCACGCCCACCAAGAGGUUACAGUGUAGCCAGGAUAUACCCAGUCACUUGGCUGAUGAGCAUGCGCUGAUAGCCUCCUAUGUGGCCCGUCUGCAGCACUGUGCACGUGUCCUGGACAGUCCUAGCCGACUGGACGAGGAGCACCGGCUUAUAGCCCGCUAUGCUGCCCGGCUGGCUGCAGAGGCAGGAAACGUGACCCGUCCUCCCACUGACUUGAGCUUUACCUUUGAUGCCAACAAACAACAAAGACAGCUUAUUGCAGAACUGGAAAAUAAAAACAGAGAGAUUCUGCAGGAGAUUCAGCGUCUCCGCCUGGAGCAUGAGCAGGCGUCCCAGCCCACCCCGGAGAAAGCCCAGCAGAACCCCACGCUGCUGGCCGAGCUGCGGCUCCUGAGGCAGAGGAAAGAUGAACUGGAGCAGAGGAUGUCAGCAUUGCAGGAGAGCAGGCGGGAGCUGAUGGUCCAGCUGGAAGGGCUGAUGAAGCUACUGAAGGAGGAAGAACAAAAACAGGCAGCUCAGGCCACAGGAUCACCGCAUACAUCGCCCACUCACGGAGGCAGCCGCCCCAUGCCCAUGCCCGUGCGCUCCACCUCUGCCGGCUCCACCCCCACCCACUGCCCGCAGGACCCACUGAGCGGAGUUGGCGGGGACAUGCAGGAGGCCUUCGCCCAAGGUACGAGGAGAAACCUCCGCAAUGACCUGCUGGUGGCUGCCGACUCCAUCACCAACACCAUGUCAUCCCUGGUGAAGGAGCUCCACUCAGCAGGGGAAGGUGCAGAGGAAGAAGAAGAGAAGAUGCAGAAUGGGAAGGACAGAGGUUAGCGGAGGAGCCCAGCCAGAGAGGAAGCACGGGCACAGGGGACGUGGAGCGAGCUGGCACCGACCGACUCGAAGAAGGCGAGGUGUUCUCCCAGAGGCGCAUUCCUGUCCAUCUUUCCGCUGCACACCUGGACCAGGCUUGCAGGCUGCCAGACGUUACCACUUGCCAGGGAGAGGGGAGCCCAGGCCGGUGGGAAGUGGGAGGGACCUCCGGUGCCGCCUCGGGCGCACCCCCACCCCACCCUCGCACAGUCCUGCAUGAACUAGCAUCUUCAUCACUCUCCUCCGGGCAUGGUCUCAUCUCUGCAACUGGAAUUUACUGGAGGUUGAAAAGAGAAAAGAAACAGCACGAA